AUGUCGUCGAACUUCGCUGGUCGGAGGAGCGAGAGUGAUGAAGCAAUCGAUGGUGUGGGAACAGAAGAGAUUGUAGCCGAUGGUGAAUCGAUAUGUUUAUCCGGAUAUCUUCAUGUGAUGUUCAAUAAGAAAGAUCGAGGCAAACACUGGAGCGUUCUUAGGUCCAAUCAGCUCACAUUCUAUGCUAACGAAGACGAGGUUCGUCUCGGAAACUUUCAUUAA